UGACAGUUAGAACCUAACCAAUAAAAUCUUACGAUUCCGGUUCUUUUAGCGCUUCGUUAAACAUCUUGUUAUUGUAAUAACUCGUUUUUAACACAUCUGAAUCUGUUUUAAAUUUUAAAAUCCCAUCAACUUCUUGUGUUUGUCCGUUAUUUUUGUGUAAAUCUAUUAAAAUGCCGAUUGCACAUUCACCAGGAAAGAACUACGUCGUUAAAAGAGAUGGUCGUAAAGAGCAAGUUUACUUCGAUAAGAUCACAUCGAGGAUCCAAAAACUGUGCUAUGGGUUGAAUAUGGAUUUUGUUGACCCAGUGGACAUUACCAUGAAGGUUAUUCAAGGUCUUUAUCCAGGCGUUACCACAGUUGAGUUGGACACCUUAGCUGCUGAAACCGCUGCUACAAAAAUUACAGACCAUCCUGAUUAUGCAACACUUGCUGCUAGAAUUGCUAUGACUAAUCUCCAUAAAGAAACGAAGAAACAAUUCUCAGAUGUAAUUGAAGAUUUGUACAACAUGGUAAGCGAAAAACUUGAUAAAAACACACCAAUGAUUUCUGAACAACAUUAUAAAAUUAUAAUGAAAAAUGCGGAUCGUUUAAAUUCUUGUAUCAUUUACGAUCGUGAUUUCUCAUAUAAUUAUUUUGGUUUUAAAACACUCGAACGUUCAUAUCUCCUAAAAAUCAACGGAAAAAUUGCUGAACGUCCCCAACAUAUGUUAAUGCGCGUGGCCGUUGGGAUUCACGGUGAAGACAUUGAAUCAGCUAUUGAAACUUACAAUUACAUGUCUGAGAAGUAUUUUACUCACGCGAGUCCGACUUUAUUUGCCGCAGCGACACCUCGCCCACAAAUGUCGUCAUGUUUCUUAGUAAUGAUGCCGGAGGAUUCAAUCCAAGGCAUUUUUAAAUGUAUCUCACAAUGUGCUAUUAUAUCAAAAAGUGCGGGAGGAAUUGGAGUUAACGUCCAUAAUAUUCGAGCACAAGGCACGAUUAUUGCUGGAACUAAUGGUAUUUCAAACGGUUUAGUACCAAUGUUACGGGUUUUUAAUAAUACAGCUCGAUAUGUCGAUCAAGGGGGUAAUAAAAGACCUGGAGCGUUUGCAAUUUAUUUAGAACCGUGGCAUGCGGAUGUUGUUGAUUUUUUAAAUUUAAAAAAAAAUACUGGGGCUGAAGAAGUUAGGGCGAGAGAUUUAUUUUAUGCUUUAUGGAUUCCUGAUUUAUUUAUGAAACGCGUCGAGGAAGAUUCAAUGUGGUCGCUAAUGUGUCCUCAUCAAUGUCCCGGUUUAUCUGAUUGUUGGGGGGAAAAAUUCGUGGAAUUAUACGAAAAUUACGAAAAAAGGAAAAAAUUUGUUCGCCAAAUACCCGCCAGAGAAUUAUGGAAAGCCAUAAUUGUGUCUCAAAUUGAAACUGGAACUCCAUAUAUGUUGUAUAAAGACGCUUGUAAUCGCAAAAGUAACCAACAACAUUUAGGUACAAUAAAAAGUAGCAAUUUAUGCACCGAAAUCAUUGAAUACACAUCUCCUGAUGAAAUCGCAGUUUGUAAUUUAGCAUCAAUUGCGGUUAACCAGUUCGUUAAACCCGACAGGAAAAGUUUUGAUUUUGAAAAAUUAAAAAUCGUCACAAAAGUUGUAACAAAAAAUUUAAAUAAAGUUAUCGAUGUUAAUUAUUACCCACUCCCAGAAGCUGAAACGUCCAAUAAACGCCAUCGCCCCAUUGGAAUUGGUAUUCAAGGAUUAGCAGAUGCUUUUAUUUUGAUGAGACUCCCCUUUGAUAGCCCCGAAGCCCAUAAAUUAAACGUGCAAAUCUUUGAAACGCUUUAUUACGGUGCCUUAGAAGCUAGUUGUGAAUUAGCCGAAAAAGACGGGGUUUAUGAAACUUACCAAGGUUCCCCUGUUAGUAAAGGAAUCUUGCAAUACGAUAUGUGGAAUGUUACUCCAUCUGAUUUAUGGGAUUGGAAAGAAUUAAAAGAAAAAAUUAAUAAACACGGAAUAAGAAAUUCUUUACUCUUAGCCCCAAUGCCAACAGCUUCAACAGCUCAAAUUCUAGGAAAUAACGAAUCUUUUGAACCUUACACAUCGAAUAUUUAUACGCGAAGAGUACUUUCUGGGGAUUUCCAAGUUGUUAAUCACCACUUAUUAAGAGAUUUAACCGAAAGGGGGCUUUGGGAUGAUUUAAUGAAAAAUCAAAUAAUUGCAAAUCGCGGCUCAAUUCAAAACAUCCCCCAAAUCCCUGACGAUUUAAAAGAAAUUUAUAAAACAGUUUGGGAAAUUUCAAAUAAAUGCAUCAUAAAUCAAGCCGCGGCUCGAGGGGCUUUCAUCGAUCAAAGCCAAUCUUUAAAUCUUUACGUAGCCAAACCGACUUACUCCGUUUUAACAUCAAUUCAUUUUUACGGCUGGCGACAAGGACUUAAAACAGGAAUGUAUUAUUUAAGAACGAAACCCGCAGCUCAACCCAUUCAAUUCACCGUCGAUAAAAGCAAAUUAAUAAUAAACGUUGGUGAUGGAGUUUCAAGUGGAGCAAGCUCCAUUGGAAUUAACACUAAUGGUGUUAAAAAAGAGAAAGAUGAAGAUGAAGAAAAUGCAGCAUUAGUUUGUUCGUUACAAAACCCCGGAAAUUGUGAUAUGUGUGGGGCUUAAAAUAUGAUUUAAAUUUAAUAAUUUUAACUACUUUUAAUUUAAUAACAUUAAAAAUAACAAAUAAAAGAUUAAUUUAAUUUUAUUUUAAUGGAACUUAUUUCUUAAAUGCACCACUUGCGUUAAAUCACUAUAAAGCGCUCAAAAUUCGUUAUUUCCAACCUCAUUUUUCAUUUUCUAAUCUCAUCACUAAGUUGCAUAUUUUUAUUAAACUAACAAAAGACCUAGAAUCAUUCGGGUUUAGCCGUCUUGAGAGACGUGUGGCUAAAUCCGAAUGUUUCUAUCUUAUGUUCUGUUUAUCAAUAAAGCGAACUACCAGCGUUCAUAUAAUUCA